AAUAACAAUAUUUUUGUUUUGAAGGCAGACUCCUUCUACAUCCGGUGGUACUCACGCUAACCCUGACCAACUUAACCAGCUGUUAGUGUCUUUGAGCAUCACCCAAACAUUAGCCUGCUGGGUAGCUUCUAGCUAGCACAACUCUUCUACAAACAGCUCAUUAGCCGAGCUCAUCUAUGAGUCGCAAAAGAAAUCACAGUUUCGCUGAAACGAACCUGUCUCCUGAACUCCACGGCGCCUUCAUGGAGCCUCCCGGGUCAGCGAACCGAGCCGACACCGAUUUCCUGGAGCUGGAGCCCGACGAGGAGCUGCUCUGCUCGGUCAGCGACAUAACCGAACACCUGGGUAGAAACAUCACCGCGGUGCUGGAGACAGCGCUGUCUGACAUCCGCAAAAUGGUCAGCAUUAGAGUACGAGUCCUGAAAAUGGAGCUACGCGAGAAAACGGAAGAAAUUGAGGUAUUAAAAGCGAGGCUGGAGACAGCACAGAGGGAUGGUAGAGACCCUUUCACCGGUGUUACCAGCAUGGAGUCAUCUUCAGAGGCUGGCUUCAGGAAACCAGAGCUCGGCUCCGGCACCAAGCACAACAGGGAAGACCCCCGCAGAGCCAAAGCUAUCAUGCCCGGCGUGAAGAAGGAAAAUAUAGAUGCUAUUUGUGACUAUCUCAUGAAGGACAAGAACUCGAGGGGCUGUGCAGAUAUGGAAGGAGACCAGAGCAGCCAAGCGAGCGGAGACAGGGACGCUCGCCAGGAAUCGGAUCCGCACUCCCUCAACCUGUGGCCGGAGAGCGGGAUGGCUGGCUCCGGGCCUGGACACGGAGACUCAGAGUCAGCCACAGAUGACAUCUUCAGUAUGCUUCCCUCUGGUAGUAAACGCAUCUAUGACUAUGAGUGGAUAGCACCUAUGGAGUAUUCUUCAGACCUGAAAGUGAUGAAAGAUGCUGAGAGUGACAACACACCGACCGGCGAGACAGAAGAAGACGACGAGGUCGAUGAUGAAGACGAGUCGUCGAGGAGGGAAGGGGGGCUGGACCAGACCCAGGCUCCGCUCUCACAAAUCCAGCCCCCUGACUUCUCCAUGGAGCCCCAGAGCUCUCCAGGGGAGGGGGGGAGUCCCCUGGAGGGCAGCACAGACAGGCCCGAGGCAGGCCAGCAGUUCCCCAGCCACACCUACAUCUGCUCUCUGUGUGGAACCUUCUGCCCUGACUCUGUGUUCCUGGAGGAACAUAUUAAACUGAUACACUCAGACACAGCUGGCGCCCAGGCUCUGCAGGCGCUGCAGUCCACCUCUGCAGGGGACGGCAGCAGCGACUCCAGGAGGGGUGGAGGGGGGCAGAACGAGGGCAGCACAGGACCGGGGGCGGGUGCAGGUUUGGGCAUCAGUCGGGUAGCAGGGCCUGUUAAAAAGGAGAUUAAAAUUGAGGGUGGAUACGAGUGUGGGGACUGUGGCCGACAUUUUAACUACCUGGGUAACCUGCGGCAGCACCAGCGUAUCCACACAGGAGAGAAGCCCUUCAUGUGUCCAGAGUGUGGGGAGAGGUUCCGCCACGCGGCCCGAUUAAAAAGCCACAGGCUGGUUCACAGCGGCGCCCAGAGCCCCUUCCCCUGCCCCCAGUGUGGGAAAGGUUUCUCAGUGCUCUCCGGACUCAAGAGACACCAGCGGGUGCACACCGGAGAAAGCCCGUACGCCUGUCCGCAGUGUGGCCGGCGCUUUAAGGAGCUGGGAAACCUGUACACCCACCAGAGGAUCCACAGCGGAGCCACGCCCUACUGCUGCCAGCAGUGUGGACGCAGCUUUCGCCACCUGGGAACCUACAAGAGCCACCGCUGCACACCUGCACAGUAACCUGCUAACACACAGCUGACCACCUGACAGUAACGUCUACGUCAAACACAAGACACGCAGCUCAGUCUGAGGCGCGUCCUCAUCACGUUGGCUGUCUGCCGUCACUGCAGGAGGUGCAGGUGAAAUGGAGAAUGGGGGGCGAGUUUUCCGAGAUGCUGCCCAGGCUUUCCUGUUUGUCACAUUCAUGACAUUUCAUCAUCUUAUCUUAUCAGUUUGGCAAAAUAAAAGCUCCAUGUAAAAGUUGAGGUUUAUUUUAGACCAAGGAAGGUUUGGAGUUGGAGGUAGUUAACUUGAGUUGAGAUAGUUGGGUUAAAAAGCAGCUGGAGGUAUCAGGUGUGACAGAGUUGAGAUGAAGCAUGCAGACUGUGUUUUUAGGUCAAGUCAAAAUCAUCUUCUCUUUUUAUGACUGGAUGGUAUCAGUGCAGAAGCUCAUGAAGCCGUUUUGCAUGUUUAGGCCCAUUUAUUCACAUACUGUAUAUUCAAGCAGAAUUCCUGGUUUUUACAAUUUGGCAAUCGUUUCUAACUCAAACCACCAGAAACACAAGCAGACGAUCAGAAAGGUUGAUAACAAGCCAACAGUUUAUCCAGUCUAAGCAGGGGUGUCAAACAUAUGGUCCGUGGGCCAACAGGUCAAAUCCGGCCCACAGUUGAGGCCCCUGAUCUGCCAGUGGAUGUCUAACCUGAGAUAAUUGCAGUGUGAUUCAGAUGUGAAGGACACAUUUGCCUCGGUUGGUUUGGACACAUUUUUAUCAGUAUCUGUUAUCAGAGUCAUCUCAAAUUAAAACAACACAUGGCUGCAAAAAAUGUUCUGAGACAACUUCUUUUUGUGAAGAAGCUUUUUUUGUGAUGAGCAUCAAUAAAACAAACCAGACUGAGACAUAAUGUUGAGAUUGAAAUUAUUUUCAAGACAUCUCAAGCUGUUCAUUUGCUUUGUGAACAGAUGGUUUAUUAUAGUAAAGUUAUAUUAUUUAUAGGUUCAAUGCUUUUACUGGUCCAGCCCACUAGAAAUCAAUCAAGUAGGGCUGUAUGUGACCUUUGAACUAAAAUGAGUUUGACAUCCCUCAUCUAAACUUUAAUAUUGAGGUCAUCAGAGUUGUGAAGGUUACUGUGGAAAUG